CCUCGCUCUCAGUUAUUAGCUAGAUUAGAGGUUCUCUUUCGCUCCCUGUUUUGUUUCAAAAGCUUAUUAGCUGUAGCGCUAAAUAUACAGACGUCAAAUAUGGAAGCAGCAGUGGCUACUAGUGUAGCCCUGAGCCUUGUCUUUGUGAGCAUAAUAGUUCGAUGGGCAUGGAGUCUUCUGGAUUGGGUGUGGUUUAAGCCAAAGAAGCUCGAAAGAUGUUUGAGGCAGCAAGGCUUCCAAGGCAAUGCUUACAGGCUUUUUUAUGGAGAUAUGAAAGAGAAUGCUAUCAUGGUGAAAGAAGCAAAAUCAAAACCCAUGAACCUCUCAACCUCCCAUGACAUAUCACCUCGAGUCAUACCUCUUCUCGAUCAAACUGUUAAAACUUACGGUAAAAACUCUUUUGUAUGGGUUGGCCCUCUACCACGGGUGAACAUUAUGAAUCCGGAAGAUCUGAAAGAUGUGUUUGCAAAACCUAGUGAUUUCCCAAAGCCAGUAUCAAACCCACUUAUCAAGUUGCUAUCAACAGGUCUUGCAAACUAUGAAGGGGAGAAAUGGGCUAAACACAGAAGGAUUAUCAACCCAACAUUCCAUUCCGAAAAAGUAAAGCGUAUGUUACCGGCAUUUUACCAAAGUUGUAAUGACAUGAUCAAAGAAUGGGAGACUGUUGUGUCCAAAGAGGGUUCGUCAUGUGAGAUUGAUGUCUGGCCUUCUCUUCAAAAUUUAACAGCUGAUGUGAUUUCUCGAACAGCAUUUGGAAGUAGCUAUCAAGAAGGACAAAAAAUAUUUGAACUCCUAAAAGAGCAAGCAGUAUAUGCAAUGAAAACCGUACAAAGAGUUUACAUUCCAGGAUGGAGGUUUGUACCAACUAAGAUGAACAAGAGGAUGAAACAAAUUCAUGAAGAAAUAAGAGGUUUAGUCGAGGGUAUUAUAAAUAAAAGAGAGCAAGCCAUUAAGGCAGGUGAAGCCACCAAGGAUGACUUAUUGGGUGCACUUUUGGAGUCCAACAUGAAGGACAUUCAGGAUCAUGGGAAGAACAACAAAAAUGUUGGUAUGAGUAUUGAAGAUGUGAUUGAGGAAUGUAAGCUUUUCUACUUUGCUGGGCAAGAGACCACUUCAGUGUUAUUGGUUUGGACAAUGGUAUUGCUUUGUCAAAAUCAGAAUUGGCAAGACCAAGCAAGAGAAGAGGUUUUGCAGGUCUUUGGAAUGAACAAGCCGGACUUUGAUGGUUUAACUCACCUAAAAGCAGUAACGAUGGUUUUGCUUGAAGUUCUACGAUUAUACCCAGCAUUAGUUGUGGUUUCUCGAACCACACGUAAGAAAACACAAUUCGGGAAAUUCUCAUUACCAGCUGGAGUCCAAGUCGGGUUACCAGCACUGCUCAUUCACCAUGACAAGGAACUGUGGGGUGAUGAUGCAAAAGAGUUUAAGCCAGAGAGGUUUUCUGAAGGAGUUUCGAAGGCAACAAAGGGCCAGCUCUCGUUCUUUCCCUUCGGAGCAGGUCCUAGGAUUUGCAUUGGGCAAAACUUUGCUAUGACAGAAGCGAAAUUGGCCUUGGCAUUGAUCUUGCAACACUUUACAUUUGAGCUUUCUCCAUCUUAUGCUCAUGCUCCUUCUGCUCUUAUAACACUUCAACCACAGUAUGGUGCUCCUGUCAUGUUGCAUAAACGUUAA